AUGGCGACAAAUUUACCUCAAGACUCCAAGGCUGCUGAUGCGCCCAAGCAUCGCGCCUGUGAUGAAUGCCGCGCCCGCAAGUUGGCUUGUUCCAAGGAUCCCAGUGGAUGCGAGAGAUGUAAGAGGGAGGGUAUUACAUGCGUCUAUUCGCCCCAGAAACCUAUGGGACGCCCCCGAAAGCGUCGUGCAGCAGAAGAACCCAUACAAGAUGAUGCAUCUUCAUCUAUAGAUACUACACGGCCAUCUGUCUCGCAUACGCCAGGUGAAGGGACAUGUUCUUCUUCGUCCUUGCACCAUGAAGAACCCUUGACCACCAACAACACCGGGCUUGAUUUUCUACCCCAGCUUGGCGAUGAGAAUGGUGUCACCUACCUGGAUUUGCUCCCAAACAACUUUGGCGACAAUGACACUGCUCACUUGUACUCGCUCCCCCAGCAGCCAUAUCAGCCGUUUUUGGAUUCUGGCGAUGCCGGCUUUCCCAAUCAUUCCUACCAACUAGACUUUGGGGGCCCCGAUCUCUUACAGGGCAUCAACUUCAACGAACCUGAACCUAUCGGGUCAACCAUAUCCAAGGACAUCAACGACUCUUUACAUCAAUACGUCGCAGGUCACAUUCCACGACCAGAUGAGACGCCGCCUUCCAUUUCAAGUGGCAUGUCUAGCAGUGUAGAGUCUCCCGAACCGGCACAUGAAGUCCAAAGUUCAAAGGCCCUGCCGAACUCUUCCUGCGGAUGCCUGUCAUCGCUCUAUCUCGCUCUAGAUUCGCUGACCCGCCUGCCCUCUGACGUUCCAUCCGCCAUGAGAGUCGCUCGAAGUGCCACCAAGAUUGCCCACGACGUCCUCGGCUGUCCACAAUGCUUCCAAUAUUUCCACAAGGACCCCCUCCAGCCUCAGCCGGUACAGUCCUUCCAAAACAUGACGUGCCUGGGGGCUUUGGUCCCCUCUGCGUGCAAUGCAUAUGCCAGAAUAAUGGAAAUGAUUGAUCGCGAUGCCGACGCGGCCAGUGACAAUGACAAGGAUAUAUACUUUUCCUUUAGGGACUUUGGAGGCUUCUGGGGCUUUGUCAUGGACGACCAAGGGGCGUGCUCGGUAUUAAAGGCAUACGACAACAGGAAUCUCGAUCCGGAGGUCUGGCGAACAACGGUCCGGUCAGUCCUCAAACUUGACGUAUACGGACUAGGCGGCAAAACUGGAGCGUCGCCAACCGGCCACCAAGCUGUAUACGGCUUGAAGGAUGUCAUCAACGAGCUGGAUAGGUCGACCAAGCUGCGACACAAGAUGAUGGAGGACCUGGUCGCUGAGGGGAAAGUGCCGAACCACUCCAAGUACUAUCUUCACUGCAAUGCACCAAUCCCGCCGGAGCACAGAAACUGCACGAGACUCAUUGAAUCAGCAAGAGUCGCACUCGAUAAUCUCAUUAUCAGCUGA